CCAGUGUCACCAGCCUGUCGCCUGUGUGAGAAAGUCCCACUGUAAGAGGCCCUGGGGCAUUAUCAUUUCCUUCUUUCACCCUGUCUGGGUUGCCGGCAAAUCCCCAGGACUCUCUGAAACCAGAGUGUUGGAUUAGGUCCCUCCAGCAGCUGGAAAGAUGAACUCCUGCGUCACCGUCAUGAGGCUACUGCUGUGUGGGCCUUUUCUCUUUGCCAGGGCCUCGGGCUACAAUCUGGAAGUGCGGCACGUGCAAAACUUCUCCUUCCCACACGCCGGGAGGCAUUUCGGGUACCGCGUCCUGCAGGUUGGAGACGGGGUUGUCGUGGGAGCUCCAGGUGAGGGGAACAGCACAGGAAACCUCUAUCAGUGCCAUCCAGACCCUGGCCACUGCCUACCAGUAAGCCUGAGUGGUUCCAGCUAUACCUCCAAGUACUUGGGAAUGACCUUGGCAACAGACUUCACAAGCGGAAAACUUUUGGCAUGUGAUCCUGGGCUGUCUCGGACGUGUGACCAGAAUGUCUACCUAAGUGGCUUGUGUUACAUUUUCCACCAGAAUCUGAAGGGUCCUGUGCUGCAAGGGCGCCCUGGUUAUCAGGAAUGUAUAAAGGGCAAUGUGGACUUGGUGUUCCUGUUUGAUGGUUCAAUGAGCUUGCAGACAGAUGAAUUUCAGAAGAUUGUGGACUUCAUGAAGGAUGUGAUGAAGAAACUCAGCAACUCUUCCUACCAGUUUGCUGCCGUUCAGUUUUCCACGGACCACAAAACAGAAUUUAAUUUCUUGGAUUAUGUUAAGACGAAGAACCCUGAUGUUCUGCUGGGCAAAGUAGAACACAUGCGCCAACUGACCAACACCUUUGGUGCCAUCAACUAUGUCGCGAAAGAGGUGUUCCGGCAAGACCUGGGGGCCCGGCCAGAUGCCACCAAAGUGCUUAUCAUCAUCACUGAUGGGGAAGCCACGGACCACGCCAACAUUGACUCAGCCAAAGACAUCACCCGCUACAUCAUCGGGAUCGGGAAGCAUUUUGAGACCAAGGAAAGUCAGGAAAGGCUCCAUGAAUUUGCCUCAAAACCUGCGAAGGAUUUUGUAAAGAUCCUGGACACGUUUGAGAAGCUUAAAGAUCUGUUCACUGAGCUGCAAAAGAAGAUCUAUGUCAUUGAGGGCACCAGCAAACAGGACCUGACAUCCUUCAACAUGGAGCUGUCCUCUAGCGGGAUCAGCGCUGACCUCAGCCACGGCCAUGGCGUCGUGGGGGCGGUUGGAGCCAAGGACUGGGCUGGGGGCUUCCUAGACCUGACGGCAGACCUGCAGGAUGAUAAUUUUGUUGGAAAUGAGCCACUGACACCGGAAGCGAGAUCAGGCUAUUUGGGUUACACAGUGACCUUGCUGCCCUCCCAAAGGCUCAAUUUGCUGCUGGCCACUGGAGCCCCCCGCUACCAGCACGUGGGGCGGGUGCUGCUGUUCCAGGAGUCAGAGGACAAAGAACACUGGAACCAAAUCCAGAAAAUAGAUGGCAGCCAGAUUGGCUCUUACUUCGGUGGUGAGCUGUGUGGCGUUGACAUGGACCAAGAUGGGGAGACAGAGCUGCUGCUGAUCGGAGCCCCCUUGUUCUAUGGGGAGCAGAGAGGAGGCCGGGUGUUUAUCUACCAGAAAAAACAGCGGGGGUUCGAAGUGGUCUCGGAGCUGCAGGGGGACCCUGGCUACCCGCUUGGGCGGUUUGGAGCAGCCAUCGCAGCCCUGACGGACAUCAACGGGGAUGGGCUGGUGGACGUGGCUGUAGGGUCCCCUCUGGAGGAGCAGGGGGCUGUGUACAUCUUCAACGGGCAGCAUGGGGCGCUGAGCCCCCGGCCAAGCCAGCGGAUCAAAGGGACCCAGGUGUCCUCGGGAAUUCGAUGGUUUGGACGCUCCAUCCAUGGGGUGAAAGACCUCGGAGGAGACGGCCUGACGGAUGUGGCUGUGGGAGCCGAGGGGCUGGUGGUUGUGCUCAGCUCCCGGCCCGUGGUGGACAUUCUCACUCAGAUAACCUUCUCCCCGGCGGAGAUCCCGGUACACGAAGUGGAAUGCUCCUAUUCACCCAGUAACAAGAAGAAAGAAGGAGUUAACAUCACAGUCUGCUUCCAGGUCAAGCCUCUCACUCUCCAAUUUCAAGGACUGCUGGUUGCCAACCUCACUUACACUCUGCAGCUGGAUGGCCAUCGGACCAGAAGCCGGGGACUGUUCCUGGGAGGGAGACAUGAACUCAGCGGGCACACAGUGGUCACUGGACAACCAUCCUGCACCGAGUUCUGGUUCCACUUCCCGGUAUGCAUUCAAGACCUCAUCUCUCCCAUCAACAUCUCCCUAAAUUUCUCUCUCCCGGAGGAAGAAGGGACACCGAGGGACCAACAGGCGCAGGGCAAGAACAUACAGCCCAUCCUGAGACCCUCACUACAUGCAGAGACCAAGGAGAUUCCUUUUGAGAAGAACUGCGGAGAGGACAAGAAGUGUGAGGCAGACCUGAGGGUGUCGUUCUCUCCAGGAUCCGGAGUCCUGCGUCUGACCCCCUCUGCCAGCCUCUCUGUGUCGCUGACACUGAGUAACUUAGAAGAAGACGCAUACUGGGUCCGCCUCAACCUGAGCUUCCCCCAGGGACUCUCCUUCCGCAAAGUGGAAAUGCGCAAGCCCCACACCCACAUACCCGUGAGCUGUGAGGAGCUCCCUGAGGUAUCCAAGCUUCUGACCAGGAUCCUUUCUUGCAAUGUGAGCUCUCCCAUCUUUAAAGCAGGCAGUUUGGUUGCCAUCCAAGUGAUGUUUCAUACGCUGCUGAACAGCUCCUGGGGGGACUUUGUCGAGCUGCACGCCAAUGUGAGCUGUGACAAUGAGGACUCAAAAGUCUUGGAGAACAACUUGGCCACCACCAGCAUCCCCAUCCUGUACCCCAUCAACAUCCUCACCGAGGACAAGGAAAACUCCACACUGUAUGUCAGCUUCACUCCCAAGGGUCCCAGGAGCCACUCUGUCAACCACUUCUACCAGGUGAGGAUUCAGCCCUCUGUCUACGACCACAACGUGCCCGCCCUGGAGGCCGUGGUUGGGGUGCCGGGACCUCACAGCGAGGGGCCCAUCACACACAAGUGGAAUGUGCAGAUGGACCCUCCUGUGACCUGCUAUCGUGAGGAUCUGGAGAGGCUGCCCAGCGAGGCUGAGCCUUGUUUGCCCAGAGCCAAGUUCCACUGUCCACUUGAGUUCAAGGAGGAGAUCCUCGUCCAAGUGACCGGGACUGUGGAGCUGGUGGGGGAGAUCAAGGCCCCCUCCAUGUUCAGCCUCUGCAGCUCCCUCUCCGUCUCCUUCAACAGCAGCAAGCAUUUCCACCUCUACGGCAGCAACGCCUCCCUGGCCCAGGUCCUUAUGAAGGUGGACAUCGUCUAUGAGAAGGAAAUGCUCUACGUCUACGUGCUGAGUGGCAUCGGAGGGCUCUUGGUGCUGCUGGUGAUUUUCGCCGUCCUCUAUAAGUUUGGCUUCUUCAAACGGAACCUGAAGGAGAAGAUGGAGGCUACUGCGGAAGCUUCCAACGGAAUCCCUGAAGAAGCCUCUGACCAGCCAGAGUCCAUGGAAGAGGCUGGGGACCCAGGCUGCCUGGAGCCCCUCCACGAGGAGGAAGCACAGGACGGAGGUGGCAAAGACUGAGGCCCAGGCCUGACGCAGAGCGCCCAGGACUGGACUCGGGAAGCCUGGGGUACCUCUGCCUCGACCUGUGUCUCGCUGUGUGUCUUCGGGCAAGUCACUGCCCCCACCCAGGCCUCGGUGUCGCUGUUUUGAACACAGAGCUCCCUCCUGGCUGCCUGCUCUGCGGGCUCCUGGUCAGGGUCCAUGAGCGAUGGCCGGGCAGGCCACAGAGGGCAGGCCUUGUCCUGAGCAGCUGGCUCUGGCUUCCCCCGGUCCUUCUUAGUACCCUCCCCCGGAAGAGGAUAUCCGAUCUAAAUCUGGAAGAACUGUCAUCUCAGGACCUAGCGACCCGGCCCUCACACCCACCUGCUCUUGGAUGUCCCCAGAGGCCUCAGACUCCCAGAACCUUCAGUUUCCUGCCCGGACUCCAGUCAGCUUUCCGUCUGCUGCCAGAGAGCAAACCUGAUCUGUGUCACUACAGUGCUUCUACAAACCCCUGGCUCUGGGGCUGGACACUGGCUUCCUUACCAUGCCUUCUAGAACCUGCAGAAUAUCUCUAACAUGCCAGGGUUGCCUUCCUGGCCUCCUCUGGAGAUUCCCCGCCUCCCUUCCUGAGCUCCAGUUACACCUGCCUUCCUCAGGAGCCAAGCUCCUUCCUGUCUCACUUGCCUUCACCCAGACUGCUCCUUCUGCCUGCAACACUCCUCCCUAGCCCUUUCCAUGGCUCUCAGUCGGCCUUCGACUCUCAGCUCGGGGAGAAUGGCCUCAGGGUAACCCCCUGCCCCCCACCCCAUAAGGGGGUUCUCCUUUCCCCUAUUACACAAGCUUCCUUUCGCCUGCACUCUCCCUCAUAGCGCUGCUCGUGUUUGCUACAUAAUGUUCCUCUCUCAAAUCCAGCCAUGGACUCCAUGGGGGUAAGGGCCAUACCGGUCAUGUUCACCUUGGAGAUGUCACAGAGCCAGACACAGUAGGCGGCUGCCACAAUUUCAGCAACCUAGUGAGGGUGCCUGUGAGAGGAUUGAGAAGACGUUUGGGUGAGCUCGUGACAUCUCCCCCCACUUCUAGACUCGGUCUUCCCCGGGCUCCUGUCCCCUUGCUCCAACCCCCCCACCCCCACCCCAGAUGCCUUAUGACCCAUCUCGGCCACCACUGGGAGGCUAUGAGCUCAAGGCGCAGGCAGAGUCUGUCCAUCUGGUUCCCGGCACCAAGCACAGUGCCUGCCUCGGUUUACCCAAUAAAUGUGAAAAUCCAUCCAA